UUUAUUAAGAAGAAGUCCAAAUUCAUGUUACCACACCAUCAAAAGAAGUGACAAUGAAUUACACAUAAGAUAACUAAAAUUGUUAUAGUCUGUACAAGCAUUCUUCUCAGUCAAAUUUCUUUCAAGCCAUAAUCAUCCAUGUAGCAUUAGAUAUGGAUUGAUGAGUGUUUACAUAUUGUCAGUUUUCUUUUACCUCAUAAGCUUCCAGUUUGACUACCCUGAGCAAGACAGCGCACCUUCCUGCAUACCUUCCCUUCCCUGCUCAUCCACUCACAUCUAACUCUUAUCUCACACACAACAAAUAAUAAGCACAUUCUCUUCUGUCUUAGUUUGCGUCUCCUCUUUUCUUUUGUGUGGUCUUUUUUCUGCUUAAAUCACUGUUUGUGGUUGUGUCUGUCCCUGUGUUGGUCCGAGCACAUGUAUCGUCCUCUGUUGGAGAGUGAGGGCGUAUUUGAGGAAUGGGACUUGGCCUCCUCAGAAUAUGAGGAAAAUGAUCAUGAGGAUGAAGAUACAGAAGAGGAAAUGUGGAAUAUCUAUAACAUAAAGGAGUCAACAAAGCUCCUUGGAAAUGAGGAGAAGAAGUACAGCGAUGCGGAGCAGAGCACGGAGGAGAAAGUCAAGUACCCAAAGUCGGUGUUCUUCAUUGUCGGCAAUGAAUUCUGUGAAAGAUUCUCAUAUUAUGGCAUGAAAGCCAUCCUCAUCCUGUACCUCCACAACCAGUUGAAAUUCAGUGAAGAUACAUCUACAGUCAUCUACCAUGUGUGGGCCAUGCUGUGUUACUUCACCCCUAUCCUAGGUGCCAUCAUUGCUGACUCCUGGCUGGGCCGCUUCAAGACCAUAUUUUAUAUAUCCAUCAUCUAUGUGCUGGGAAAUGCUGUCCUCUCCAUAUCUGCUGUGUCUCCAAUAUUUACUGAUCUGACUAUAGAAAAGGUGAUAACCUUCUUGGGGCUGCUGCUGAUAGCAUUGGGCACAGGUGGUAUCAAGCCAUGUGUGUCAGCUUUUGGAGGAGACCAGUUUGUGCUUCCACAACAAGAGAAGCAGCUGACUCAGUUCUUUUUUGUCUUUUACUUCAGUAUCAAUGCUGGAUCCCUCUUGUCCACCUUCAUCACACCAAUCCUUAGAGAUGACGUGCAGUGCUUUGGAGAUGACUGUUACUCCCUGGCCUUUGGUGUACCUGCAAUCCUGAUGUUUAUUGCCCUCUUGAUCUUGGUCCUGGGUUAUGUGGCUCGGCUAUAUAAGAUCGUACCUCCUCAAGGAACGAUUUUAAAAGAAGUCAGUGGCUGCAUUAGGGAAGCAUUACGAAAGAAGCGCAAGACCCAUGUGAGAAAGAAGCACUGGCUGGAUCAUGCCAAGGAGAAGUACGGGGAGGAACUCGUAGCUGAUGUGAAGGUGUUGCUGAAGGUGCUCGUGCUGUACAUCCCUCUGCCCUUCUUUUGGGCCCUGUUUGAUCAGCAGGGUUCACGUUGGACCUUCCAGGCGACUCGUAUGGACGGCACCAUUGGCAGCUGGACCCUAAAACCUGACCAGAUGCAGGUGGUAAAUCCUCUGCUUAUCCUCCUAAUGAUUCCCUUGUUUGACCGAGUUGUGUACCCUUUGUUGGGUUACUGUAACUUGCUGAAGCGACAACUACCAAGGAUGUUUACUGGUGGUGUCUUGGCUGGAGUGGCUUUCAUUGUCUCUGGCUGUCUGGAACUGCAGCUUGAGCAAACUUACCCUACUGCAAUCAGUAGUGGGCACUCCCGUGUGACCCUCAUCAAUACCCUUCCUUGCAAAGUCAUUGCCACUCCAUCAUGGGCUGAUGACACCAUCUCUAUGACACAGUAUCAAUAUGAUCAAAGUAAGGAUAUCUCCAUCAGAUCAGAAAAUGGAAUGCUCUUGAAUGAGUUUAAAGUGGAAGUAAAUUUCACUGCUGGGAAUUGUGGAAACAUUGUUGGCAAAGCAGAUCCAUAUAAAAUAAUUCUUCAAGAAAAGACAGCUCAUGUUGUGUUGAUUACUGCUGAUGGCAAUGCUACUGGAAUAGUGGUCAAUGUUGAUCCUCCUGAUGAUAUUGAAAAGUCAAGUAGUGGUCUCCCAAAACUCAGGAUGCUUUAUAAUGUAGAAGUGGACAAGAUUGACUCACAGGUGUUCUUGGAUGGUGACAUAGAGAAUUAUAAGUUUAACUUCACCAAUAUAAACUCAACCAAAGGCUUUGUGGUCUCUGGCACAGAGUAUCAGGAAGUGGAGCCAGACAGCUAUGACAUAUUUUUAGCUGAUAAACUUUUGGGAAAAAUUGAUGUGAAGCUGGGUGGUGUUUAUGACUUCCUAGUUCAAAGGAAUCUCAGCAGUGACAAUCAGGAAACAUAUCAAGAUAUUGGGUUGUUUGUAGUCACUGAGCCCAACUCAAUACACAUGCUGUGGCUCAUCCCACAGUAUUUCAUCAUCACAGCAUCAGAGAUCAUGUUCUCCAUUACAGGCCUUGAAUUUUCCUUCACACAGGCCCCGGUCUCCAUGAAGUCUGUUCUGCAGGCAGCAUGGCUACUUACGGUAUCAUUUGGCAACCUGAUUGUCGUCAUCAUUGCUGAGGCAAAGUUCUUUGAGCGACAGAGCAUGGAGUUCUUCCUCUUUGCUGCACUCAUGUUUGUUGAUAUGGUACUGUUUGCAUUCCUGGCUGUGAGGUAUAAGUAUGUUGAUGAGAUUAAAGCAGAGAAUGAUUCCACUAAAGAAAUUCCUAAAGACAGUGGAAAAGUAAAUGAGGCAUUCUCAAAAGAUGAAACAAAGCUCUGAUGAUUUUAUGGUUAUUGCAAAAAGAAUAUUUAUAUAUUUUUAAUUAGUUUUAAGUUCAUGUUCUUCUACAGGGUAUCUGUUACCUUUUAUGUAGAGAAUAUGUCCUUAUUAAGAACAUAUUUUUUUUAUUAUUGUACAGAAGAGUAAUAUUAUAUGGGGUGUUAUUUUCAAUAGUAAUAUAUAGAAUUUUUCAUGUUGUUCACAUGUGUAGUGUGAAUGUGAUUUGCACAAGCUAAAUGAAGAAAGCAAAUACUUUUAUUUAAUUUCUUUUUAUUAGAGAGGAAAGUAUGAAAGGAAGUGAUGGAACAUUUUUAUUAUACUCGUACAUGCAACCACACAUGUACUUUUGCCUUGUUGAGCAGAAUGUCAGAAACCAUUUUGGUUGAGGGAUUUUACUUGAAGAAAGAUUAUCUGAGCCAGAAUUAUUAGGUGAACAUGGAUGUGUGCAUGUCUUUAUUUACAUGUUUAUGAUUGACCUUGCUUCAUAUUGACCAGACCUUUACAUUAUUCAUUCACAUAUUCACCCAAAUGUUUUAAGUGUCUUUACCUCGUUGUGGUGUACAGGAAAAGAGCUGUGCUCAUUGUGUUCUGUCUUCAUGGCUGUCAUUCUCCAAGUUGGCUUUAAGUUCUCGGAUAUCCAGUGCACAGACCACUUUUGUAUCCAUUCAUGUCUGUGGCUCCAUAUGGAAAGCUAUUUUUUGUACUCUCCUAUAAGUGACCCUUUUCCACUUUUCUUUCAUGGACUUUUGUAUCACUGAAGUCCCAUACAAGUAGAUCUUUAUCCACUUUCAUCAAAACCCUGUCCACUCCUAAUCUCUUUUCUUCUUUCCUCCUGUACUGGAAAUUUCACUAAUAUUCCCUCCACAUAAAUAUCUCUCAGGCUUUUGGGAGUCUUCAUAGUUGCUGUUUAUAUUGUAUCAGUCUUCUUACCUUCUUCAGCCUUGUACAGCAACCAUAUCCUGCACACUUCUGUCUUGGGAAAAUCAUGUACAUGAACUGAUAAAUUCUUUUGUUAUCUUGUCAAUGUGAUAGAUGAAUAUUUUUUCUAUUAAUAGGUGAUAUGUUCCUCCAGUGUUGUUUAUUUAUCUCUAUAAUAACAAGUUAUCCAUGAUAGUUACUUCCUGGUCUUUUCUUCCUUAGUUUAAUUCAUGAGUUUGAUUCUCAUUGAAUAUUCUCUCCAUUUGUUUCAUAUUACUCUUACCUACUUCGAGUACUAUGUCUUUCUUGGCAUUAAACCCCAUUUCUCAUCUUUCUUACUGUGUGUGUGUGUGUGUGUGUGUGUGUGUGUGUGUGUGUGUAUGCACAUAUCAUCUGAUACAUUAUAAAGACUUCAUUCACAAGAUUUUUAUAUGCUAGGAUAUGCAAAUAGUUUACUAUAAUGAUGACAAAAAUUAUGUAAAUAUGUAGAAAAUAAAAUUCUUUUUGAAA